CUUCUCCAGAUUUAUUUAAAGGAAAAUUAAGCAUUUCCGGCAAUUAUUUGAUGGUCAAAAAUAAAUUUUCCAUCGCAAAUAAUUAGCUUAUAAAUUUAUUUUCAUGCAGCACAACAUAAUUACCCACACCUAUGGCUCUAACUGUGGUCCGAGCGCGUCUCUGCACAUGUAUUUGUGGAAAUUAAUGCGAAUUGAGUGCGGAGAAAAAACAAAUUGACUCACCUACACGUUUCACUGAUUUCUCGCCGAAAAAACAGACAACAGAAUGAAAUAAUAACAACAAAUUACCAACAACAAUUUGUUAAUAAAGAAACAACAAGUAAAUGGCUGUGUAAAGCUAUUUAGAGGCAAAACGGAAAAGUGAGGAAGGAAGUAAAGCAAAUGCGCCUAAGAAGUGUACCAAGUGUGCCAGUGACUUGGCAAACAACGCACACCGCCGACUCACCCCCAGCAAGCAUGCACCAAGAGCAAGAAAUAGCGGAAGAACAACACAGAAGUGCCAACAAACAAUGGAAAAAAAUGCGACUCUGUGCGACACAACAAACAAACAAAACAAAUCGACGCAAAUCGGCUUCUGUGCCAAACAGCGCCAACACAAACAAAGCCGGCUGUUCACUUCGGUCUUUCUCCACACCAUUGUUUUUGUUGUAUUUUUACACUGACUGUUGCUGUUGUUAGAGUUGUUGCUGUUACUAGAGUUGUAGUUGUAGCUGUGAUUGUGGCCACCCACUACCACCACCACAGCGACGAGCACAUGUGCCGGAGUAUGAUAACGAAAGUGCCAAACGAACGCAUUGCUGCAGCAACAACUACAGCAAUAACAUACGCAGAAUGGCUGGCCAAAAAGCAAACAGGCGGAAAACAAACCGAAACGAUCAGAAACGAAAGGACUCCAACAAACAAACGGACGGUCGUGCGCGUAUAAGACACAGUGAAGGCGAACGCAACUGCAGAGUCGCGUAAGAAACGUCGAAGCGACCGGACCGAAUUUGCGACAAGCGCACAGAGCAAUCGUUGGCAUUUAUUUUCGUAAAGUGCUGGAAGAAGUACGAAGUGGAAGAAGCAGCAGCACACGGCGUUACGCGAGUCAAGAGUUCAAGUGUGAAAUUUUUGUGAAUGAAAUCGAGCGUUCGGUGAGCCGACGCUGUCAAGUGAAAGUGCCGUUUGGUCAAUACGCACCGUUAUACACGGAUUGAAUGUUAGCGUCUGUGUGAUUGUGUAGCGUGCCCUGGAGCGGCUUAAUGAGAGCCCAAUGGACGCAUAAAAGGAUCAAGUGAGGAGUGAUAAAGCAAAGCAAAGUGAGUGAGAAAUAAAUAAGCAAAUAAAUACCUGAAAACAGCUGUAGCGGGCUUACGAGUACACGUAACGGUACAUUUAUUCAGUUUGCCUUUUUGCGGUUUGUGUUUGACGUGCCGCAGGUGCACGCUGCUGAUUGGUUUUAGGUGGCGUCUCCCCCACAUUACAGUCGGCUUUUCCGCUUGAUUCGCUUGAUUCGCUUGAUGCGCCCGCAAAGCCGCAACACUGGCAAUGAGGUUGUGAAAUUAGUGAGCGCAUAUGCAGCCGAAAAGUUGAACCCACACAGCAGAACAGCAGAACAGCAGAAUUGAGUUUAGUGCAAAAACGCUAAUAAUAUUUUUGGUCCGCAUUAAGCACACAUGAGCGGCUCCAGCGGUUUACCCAACUGCCUCAGCCGUGGCUCAUCAGUUAUAGCGCCCCGUAAACCCCGAAACCGGAUAAUUUUCGAGUGUUAACCGCAGCCGGAGGACAUUUAACACUUCAACGACUUUUGGUCUCUCAACCACAUGAACGAAAACCGUGCGAUUGAAGCAAAAGUAAAAGUCGACAGAAAGUAAGAAAAGUAGAACAAACACCCUAGAAUACGCCUGCACCCACGCCGGAUGGAGACACAGCUUGAAUACGUCAGCAGAAGAAUCAUAGAAGCAGACAUUUGCGCGUAGAAUGCGGAAGGCGGAAGACAUCAACUGAACAACUUUAACAGCAUCGUGAAAGAACAUACGACUCGUCUUGUGAUGGGCGAAGGCAACACCUGUCCCAAUAAAUUCAAAUAAGCAGCGCCUUAAGUUUAGGCCACGCGCGGAUUCGUUGAACUCAGCCAAGCGCAGCGACAACAGCGCUUGCAGCGGAUUCAAUUCAAGCGUGUGCUUCCUCUCGCAAGUGUAGCGAGUGAGAAAGCUGCAGCAGGUGAUAAUAACUGCGGCGCCACAAAAGCCCUUAUUAUCCGCCACAUCUUUGCCACUUGACGCGCCGUCAACUGUGCAUAAAUCCUUUGAGCGCUCGCCACAUUGUGUCACAUAAAGAGCAGAGCGCGCGAUUUUCAUCGGAUUUUCCACGAACUAUUCGUGGCGCUCACAUUCAACGUCAUUAAAAGGCAGCGCGCGUCCCACAAAUAAGCUUUGUGGCAAGCGUGCUUGUCCUUCCGCCUCACUGCGCCACGCCACCACUCGCACUCCACCCACCGGCGCACGCGUUGCAAACAACGAAUUGGGUCGACGUCGACGGUAUGGUGCGCGACAUCUUUCUGUACAUCCUUUUAAUUGUUUUAUUUUGCCUGAUUUUCAUGGCGCAGUUACUGGUCAACGUUUACGCCUUUCAACGACAACCGCCCACCACAAAAUCAGAUCGCGCCGAUAUUAGUUUCGUAUAAGCUUUAAGCUGAACUGGAAGUCACAUGUGUUGUGCGGAGGUCGCGCGUUUGCAGUGCAUGGCAGCAGACGCUUUGCCGCGCGCUGUCAGUGGUCACGAACUGACCACAAGAAAGUGUUUACACCGCUGAGAGUGGUGGCGCUUUAGGGAUUGGCGCACAAAACACAAAACAAAGGAAAGCGAACGAGUUGCAGUGCUCUGCUUAAUCAGGCCGACAAUCAGGUCGCGCGCUAAACCCCUUUCAGUAAACGCGCGGAACGUUGGAUUUCGACGGCGACGGCCAGGGCGGAUAUCAGCGGAGAUGGCUGUAUGGAUUAAUUAUGGCACAAGUGUAUCCCGCAGCAAAGUCACGGUUUCAAUUAAAUGUCAGCGCAACAAAGAGAAGUGGGCACUUCGGUUGGAUAAGAGCUGUGGCGCGACGCGAUGAAGAAUCGGAAAGCGAAUGCAGAACUUGAGCUAAUUAAGAAUUACGCAAAAUAGGGAAACGGUAUAAAAAGGCAAUAGUAACUGUAAAGCGCGAGAGUGAACGACAGAACAGCAACAAAUAAAUAAAAAACAAAACUACGAAGUACGAAUUACAGCGCCAUGGCAAUAAAUGCAUGAAUUCACGAAGUGCAAACAAAUACAACCACAAAUGACAUUGCGUAAACUAUAAAUAUAAAUUAAAAGCGAAAAUUAACUUUCUAACCAAAUUGAAAACAAAAGUUGUCAGAUAUCAAAAAAAGCUUUGCAAUUUGGUUGACUGCGGGAAAAUUUACGGAUAUGCUUAAUUGAAAUAUACACAACGCGAAAAGCAGCAGCGCACACUUCGCUGUGGCGAGAAUCGGCAAAACGUUUUAAUCCCCAAAGGCCGCUACAAAUAAACAUCAUCAUGACAAGGCGCUUGGUAUAAUGUAAAUACGAAUAACUGGAUGUUGAUGAAGGUCGUAAAAGGAGCUUAAUAGAACAUGUAGUGAUAACAGAACGGGGGUUUCGAGAGUGGAAGUAGGUGUAUGCAUGUACAUUUUUAGUACUUAAGAUCUCUUAAGAUUAUACAUACUUAGAUAUAUAUACAGAUAUAUUAUAAUAUUAGUAAAGUAUAUCUCAUAAGCAUUGCCAUAUUUUAUGCAAAUAUGAGUAUUUAAAAUUAACUUUACAUAGCAACAAUUGUAACGAGUCUUAAACAUAUAUUUAUGACAAUAUUUAGUAGGUUUUUAUUAAAAAGUU